AGUGGUGAAGGAGGAGAUCUCCGAUGACAAUGCCAAGCUACCCUGCUUCAAUGGCCGUGUGGUGUCCUGGCUGGUGUCAGCAGAAGGCUCGCACCCAGAGCCGGCCCCCUUCUGUGCUGACAACCCCUCGGAACUGCCCCCACCUAUGGAGCGCACGGGAGGCAUUGGGGACUCCCGACCCCCAUCUUUCCACCCUCAUGCCGGUGGGGGCAGCCAGGAGAACCUGGACAAUGACACAGAGACAGAUUCCUUGGUGUCUGCUCAGCGGGAGCGGCCACGCCGGAGGGAUGGCCCAGAGCACGCAACGCGGUUAAAUGGAACCGCAAAGGCGGAGCGUCGGCGAGAGCCAGGCGGUUACGAUAGCUCAUCCACCCUCAUGAGCAGCGAGCUGGAGACCACCAGCUUCUUCGACUCCGAUGAGGAUGAUUCCACCAGCAGGUUCAGCAGCUCCACAGAGCAGAGCAGCGCCUCCCGCCUGAUGAGAAGGCACAAGCGGCGGCGGCGGAAGCAGAAGGUCUCACGGAUUGAGCGGUCCUCGUCCUUCAGCAGCAUCACAGACUCCACCAUGUCGCUCAACAUCAUCACCGUCACUCUCAACAUGGAAAAGUAUAACUUCUUGGGCAUCUCCAUUGUGGGCCAAAGCAACGAGCGUGGCGACGGAGGGAUCUACAUUGGUUCUAUCAUGAAGGGCGGGGCCGUGGCUGCCGAUGGACGCAUCGAGCCAGGAGAUAUGCUCUUACAGGUGAACGAGAUCAACUUUGAAAACAUGAGUAAUGACGACGCUGUCCGGGUACUGCGGGAGAUUGUGCACAAACCGGGGCCCAUCACCCUGACUGUAGCCAAGUGCUGGGACCCAAGUCCACGUGGUUGCUUCACGUUGCCCAGAAGUGAGCCCAUCCGGCCCAUUGACCCUGCGGCCUGGGUCUCCCACACUGCAGCCAUGACGGGCACCUUCCCUGCCUACGGCAUGAGCCCCUCCCUGAGCACCAUCACCUCUACCAGCUCCUCCAUCACCAGCUCCAUCCCUGACACAGAGCGCCUAGAUGACUUCCACCUAUCCAUCCACAGUGACAUGGCCGCCAUCGUAAAAGCCAUGGCCUCCCCUGAAUCAGGGCUGGAGGUCCGAGACCGCAUGUGGCUCAAGAUUACCAUUCCCAAUGCCUUCAUCGGCUCAGAUGUGGUGGACUGGCUGUACCACAAUGUGGAAGGCUUCACUGACCGGCGGGAGGCCCGCAAGUAUGCCAGCAACCUGCUAAAAGCCGGCUUCAUCCGCCACACUGUCAACAAGAUCACCUUCUCUGAGCAGUGCUACUAUAUCUUCGGUGACCUCUGUGGCAACAUGGCCAACCUGUCCCUCCACGACCACGACGGCUCCAGCGGUGCUUCUGACCAGGACACGCUGGCCCCGCUGCCUCACCCGGGGGCCGCUCCUUGGCCGAUGGCUUUCCCCUACCAAUACCCGCCGCCCCCGCACCCCUACAACCCGCACCCCGGCUUCCCGGAGCUGGGCUACAGCUACGGCGGGGGCAGCGCCAGCAGUCAGCACAGUGAAGGCAGUCGGAGUAGCGGCUCCAACCGCAGCGGCAGCGACCGGCGCAAGGAGAAGGACCCGAAGGCCGGGGACUCCAAGUCGGGCGGCAGCGGCAGCGAGUCGGCGUGCCCCCGCUCUACGGCCCCCCGGUGCUCAUGAUGCCCCCGCCGCCCGCAGCCAUGGGGCCCCCGGGAGCCCCUCCGGGCCGCGACCUGGCCUCCGUGCCCCCCGAACUGACCGCCAGCAGACAGUCCUUCCGCAUGGCCAUGGGAAACCCCAGUGAGUUCUUUGUGGAUGUGAUGUGAGCGAGGCCCUGCCAACUGCCGUCCCACCCGACCCCGACCCACCGCCGCUCCCUCUCUGUCCGUCAGUCCGUCCGCCCACCCGCCUUUUUUUACUUUGUCUGGUACCUGAAAGGGAAAUAAAUGGAACUAAACCCAGGCGCGCUAACUGCUCGCUGGGCUCAGCGAGGGCGCCGUGCAGCCCCUAACCUGCCUCUGGCCCAGCUUCGCCCUCGGCCCACUAACGCUGUGCGGGGCUUACCAGGACUUGAGCGUGGGUCCGGACUUGCUGGUGCUUACUCUGGUCUGCCCACCCUCACACAUUUCGGAGCUCGCCCCAGGGGUGCUUGCCCCCUUGGCCCCUCAGUGCCCUAUCGCUAUUCAUUCAGCCACACUGUCCCUGCAUUAAGCCCACCCCUCAAGCAUGAGUAAACCUCUCGAUUGCCCCGUAGUACUGACACCGAAAUAAGUCCCUGCAUCUGCCCUCCCUGUAUCCUGCCUGCUGCCUCAGUCCUGCACCCCAGGGCCGUAGCCCCUGCUGUGGCCGUCCAUGCUGCCGAUCCCAGAGAGUCCCCUUGGGUGCUUGAGCUGCUCCUGCCUUUCAGGGAGCAUCUCUGCUGGACCCCUGCCCAUGCCUGCCUGUGUGUUGGUUCUAUCAGACCCUAACCCUACUAACCGGCAGGCUCAUCUUACCUUGGGCCUGAAACAUUUCUUCUCUUUCUUUUUUUCCUUCCCCUAUUUUCCCUGGGCCUGGAGCAGCCAAGAAUUUCGGGCUGUUUGACUUUCUGUGAGUCCCCAGCAAUGGGAGGCUCAGCCUCCGAGGAGACCAGGAACCCUGCUUCAGCCGCCCCUCGGGCUUCCCAAGGAUGUCCAGCCCCACACCCACACUUCAGCGUCCCUAGGCUUGUGGGGGAGGGCUCUGGCUUCACCCAGGCACAGGAGACCUUGUUUCCAGAGAAAAUCAAUCACACACGCGUGCGCAGAAGCACACGUGUGCCUAUGCAAGUUCACUUAAGCCUCAGGGCUGGUCCCUGCACAGAGGGCUGGACCCUCUCUAGACAGUGGGGCUGGUCCCCUGACUUCCCUCCACUUUCCUCAUAGCCCUCAAGCCUCCCCCACAUGUCCCCAGUAUCUUCCUACCUGGAUAAACCCAUAAGCUGGAUCUCAGGCUGGGCUCAGCAGAGAACCCUGCAGGUGACUACAGGUCGUUCUCACCCCGCCCCAUCCUUCCCAGUUUUCACACUGCCACGCCCAGAAACAAGGACGGGAGCCAUGGGCCAGGUGCAGUUAGGCAAAAGGACUUCUGAGGCUUCCAGAGUUCUAGUUUGGUUUCUUUCAUUUGUUUUUGCUUUUUCUUUUAACCUCAUUCUCCACUUUAACCAAAUCAUGAUGUUCUCUCUAAGCCUCCACACUAAACUCCCAUAUUUUCAGGGUUAGGACACUGAGAGUAAGAUGGAGUCCCUAGAUGGGUCUGGGGGCAAACUGAAGUAGGGGCAGUUCAGCAUUCAUUCAUUUCAGCAUUUAUUCAGAAAUAUUUCCUGAGGUUUUAGUGAACAAGGGGCUGUGUUGGAAUGAUGAUUCAGUCCUGCCUGCCUGGGUUUCCUCCCCAACCCAGGCCAUGGCUGCUUCCAGCCACCACUACAGGGCCACCUCCUGUACUUUCCUCUCUGACUGCCUUGUCUAAGGCAGAGACUCUUGGGAAUUCCUCUACUUCAUUCAUGCCUUUGGGGUUUGUAUUUCUGUUGUUCCAUCUUUGAUCCACGUCUCUCCUCCCUACUCCCAAAAUGUCACCCAUCCUAAUGUCCUCAAUUGCUGCUGCUACGCUGGUAAUUGCCAUAUAUAGCUCCAGCCCCAACAUCCUCAAGUCUUUAGACCUGUAUUUGUAUUACCCACUGGAUAUCUCCAUGGAGAUGUCCACGUGGACUCAGCUCAUGCCCCAAACCAGUGUUCCUCCUGAAUCCCUGUCCCGGUGACCUUCAUCACAAUCUCUACAGGUUCCCCAGUAGACACAUUUAGGGGCUUAAAUUCUUUCUAUGUCUUACUAGCAUAUUUCAUCUUUUCCACUCCAGCAAUCUUCUCACAUUUGGCCCUUCUUUCUCCUUUGCCUCUAAUUUGCCAGAGCAUGAGAUUUGGAGUCAGGUUGGUCUGGGUUUGAAUUCCAGCUCUACUACUUUUUGUUUUCGUGAUAGGAGAGUUAUUUAACCUCUCUGAGCCUCAGUCCUCUUGUAUGUAAAAAGAUGAUAAUAAUACCUACCUCACAGGGUUGUUGUGAGGAUUUAAAUUAGAUAUUGUACGAAAAGUGCCUAGCACAGUGCCUGGCACAAUAGAGUAGGUGCUCAAUAAAUGGUAGCCAUUAUUACUUA